UGGGUUCGGAGGGGGGCGGGGCGGAGGGGAGACAGUUCCUCCCUCCUCCAGCCCCAGCCCUCGCCUUUGGGUAGUCCCUUCCCCGUAAGAGUGGAGGGUGCUCGGUCCGGCGGGGUCCGGAGAGCAUCUGGUCACCCGGGCCCCGGGGGACUGCGGCGCCCUCUGUUCCGGUGCGGUCCCUACUCGGGCCUAUCCUGACUCCAAGUCGGUGGGAAGGUGGGGGGCGGGUAGGCGAGAUGGACGCUUUCACUCGCUUCACCAACCAGACUCAGGGCAGGGACCGGCUCUUCAGAGCCAUUCAGUACACAUGCAUGUUGCUUAGAUAUUUAUUAGAGCCUAAGGCUGAUAGAGAGAAGGUGGUAAUGAAGCUCAAGAAACUGGAAUCUAGUGUGAGCACUGGCCGUAAAUGGUUCAGACUAGGUAAUGUGGUACACGCUGUCCAGGCAACUCAACAGAGCAUCCUUGUGUCUGAUCUUGUUCCCCGAUUCUGCCUAACAAUAGCCAACCUGAACCGUGUGAUUUACUUUGUCUGUGACACUAUCCUUUGGGUGAGGAGUGUAGGACUCAUUUCUGACAUCAACAAGGAGAAAUGGCGAAAGUUGGCUGCACGUCAUUACUACUAUUCACUCCUGCUGAACAUCAUCAGAGAUGUAUAUGAGAUCUCCCUACAAAUGGAGCAAGUUGCACAGGAAAAGGCAAAAAGAGAGAAAUCAAUGCCCCAGAACCACCUCGGACCUUGUGUAGCUGAUGAAGAAACAGAGUGGCUCCAGUCCUUUCUCCUUCUCUUGUUUCGAUCUCUAAGGAAGCAUCCCCCCUUGCUAUUGGACACAGUGAAGAACCUCUGUGAUAUCCUGAAUCCUUUGGACCAACUUGCUAUUUAUAAAUCUAAUUCUGGGAUCAUUGGACUUGGAGGCCUGCUAUCCUCCUUAAUAGGCAUGAUAACAGUGGCUUAUCCACAGAUGAAACUAAGGACUUGAAGUUCUUUUGUGUUGGGUACUAAUACCUAUUUGAAAAGGUGAUCUUCUGAGUGGGGUGGGCAUUUUGCCUAUGACUGAGAAAAUGUCACAUUCACUAUGUUUAAACUGGUUUUUCACAGAAGUGUUCAAUUCCCUAUGCAUAUGUGGGUACACAAACUAUAUGUAUAUGUAUUCCUCUGUCCCUUUCCCCACAGCACUAAAAGAAAAUGAGUUCAGAGGCAGUCUCUGAACCUACCUUGAAGGGUUGUUGUGAGGAUCCAAUGAGAUAAUAUUUGUAAAAAGCACUUAUCAUCGCAGUGCCUGGCACAUAGUAGAUGCCAUAUAAAUGCCUGUUCUUUUCAGGACAGAACUGAAUUUACAAUUCUUAAACCCUCUACCCUCCCCAUCUGUAGUAUAAAUUAGGUCCGUAUAAUAACGUCUUUGAGUAGAACAUGUGACAUGUAAGAACUAAUGAUGGUAUAGGGAAACCCACUCUAUUGAUGAAGUUUUUAGGAUACUCUGUUUUACCCCACAAAAAGUAAGCCCCAUUUAUUAAUUAUAGAUAUCCUUCAAAACAUGAACUCAAAACAGCCAUGUCUAAGCUGCCUAAUUUAAUGCUAGGUUCCAUCAUUUGAUAGUUGGCCUACAAAUAAUUGCUUUCACAAAAUGAAAUUCUAUUAAUCUAGAAACUGGGUAUGGGUGAGCCACUCACAAUUUUCUAUGAUAAUCAGGUUUUUAAACUUAUAGGGUGGGGUGUGUAGAUUGUUCCUGGGGGAGAGAGGGGGAGCAAAGAACAGGAAGAAGAGGGAAGGGUGUAAGGAGUAAAAUGGAGGGGAAAGACAAUCAUUAAAAAGCAUAAUUUAUUAUGAUCAGAUUUGGAGUAUUGAGUUAUAAUGAGAAGCAAGUUUUGAUGCCAUAUGCUCACUGUACAGCAGCUACCUUCUUUAGGACUUGAGUCAGUGAUGGACAUAUGCUAAUUUGCUCUUCCAGGAGUCACAGGAUGGAAGUGAAUUAGAUAUGGCACAUCAUCAGUUAAGGGGUUGGUAAGUGGUAAGGUUUGCUCCUUUGAGUGGUUCUCAAAAACAAAAAAUGUUUAAUAGGCCAUAUGAAUUCAAAUUCCAAAAGAUAUUUGACUCCUACUCUUGAAGAGCACAUUCAAGUCCAUGGCUUAAUUCCAUUUCUCAGGCAGGGCACCAGAUCUGAAAAAGAGAAUGGGUUUGGGGGUUUUUUGAGUGAAAUGGAAAAUGUCAGGCCAAGACAAAUUUUCUCAAUAACCCUAUUUUUACAUCAUGAUGCUCAAUUGUAAUGUAAAUUAAUUAUGACCAAUAAAUUGUUGGACCGAUUUGAA